CUUCGAUCUUAUCUCAUAUUUAUUAUCAACACAUGAUUAGAGAGAUAUUCUCUGAAUAUACAGACAACGGUCUUUUAGUUAUAUAUGUUGAUGAUAUUUUAUAUUUGACUGAGACUGAACAUCAUGCAGCAAAAUUUCUAGAAAUUAUUAGGAAUGGCAUACCUGAGUAUAAUGUAAGAUUCAAUCCAAAUAAAACACGAACAAAUGUGGGAAUGCCUUACGCACCCGUAAUGAUAAAAUUUCUAGGAUGGAAAGUACCAACCUUUAAUCAGGUCCGUACGCAAUAUCAGUUUACCAACAAAGUUAAUUAACUAUUUCAUCGACCGCAACAUUGUAAAAUAUGACGCUGAUGUACGUAUGAUCUUGAAGG